AUGGCACACCAUUCUAUCACUCUACCAAAAUGCUUCCAGUCCUUUUUUGGAAUCAUUCCAUUAUACUUGGGUGUCGAAAUCGUCCUAGGGAUCACUAUCUUCAAUAAAUGUAGUGGAGCGUACGGUAUCCUUGCCUUGUUUACGGGUCAUCCGCUAGAUUUUGUCCAAUGGGUCUUUUACUUAUGGUCCAUAUUUACAUUGAUUAUAUUUGCUCAAGGACUUUACGAGAUCCAUAAGCCAACGUUGCUAACGUUUUCUCAAAUACUCGUCUUUUACUCAUUGGACACUAUUUGCACAUGCAUUUUUACCUUGUGGUUCACCUCUCAAUGGUUUCAAACAGAACCAACGGGCACAGAGGAGGCCUUGCAAAGAAGAAAUGAAAGCUUGGAGAGCCAAGGUGCCACCGAGGCAUAUGAAUAUAUGAUGACUAUAUUUAUCACACUGGUAACUUUAACAUUUAGGCUCUAUUUCAAUUGUUUACUGGCUGCUUUUGUCCAAGAAUUAUUGCAUCACCCCAAAUAUUUGGUGGACCAGGAUGACGUGGAACAAGAUUUGAAGAAUAAACCUGUUUGGAAGAGAUGGUGGAUUAAAAAUCAAAAAUGGAGUUAUAAGGUGUGUAGUCAUUUACUUGCCUGA